AUGUCGACCCCAAUUGAUGUCACUAUCACCAACAGCAGAUGCCCUCUGCCUCCUGAGCCCACUGCGCUGCCCGUCGAUGCGCCGUUCAUCAGGUUCCCGCCCUUCCCUACGCCACCUAUUGGUGCCACCGUCGCACCUUUCAAGUCAUUCAAGCCUUGCGGGAUACGCAUCGUUGAUAACCUACCUGAGAACUACGUCGAGAUCGACGGGCAGGGCAUCCCUACCGCCGAGCUGCGCGUCAAGCACGAUCUGACCGAGUCCGAGCUCAAGCGGAAGCGGAAGUCCAAGACAGUGACCACGUCUGAUGGCAGUGUCCGCCGUGCAAUGUGGUACGAAGAGUGGGACGCAACUGAGAGUACGCGGCGUACCAUCACCCCCAUCGACCCGUCUCAAACGCGCGCCGAUCGCCUUCAUCAAGCGUCCCAAGACUUCAAGGCUACUCGUACGUGGCCUCCUCCCACCGCGGGCCUCUCCCAGCUCUGGGAUGCGUUCCGUCUCUAUGUCGGCAUCAUCAGCAGCAUCCAGCCGCCCGCGAGCCGCAAACGCCUCCAGCAGAUGCAGGCGGCGCAGGCGGCCGCCGAUGCUGAUGAAGAUGACGACGAUGACGACGAUUUCGCCACUGUUGAGCCACAGGAGAGGCAGGUUGCCAUGGUUGACGAACAGCAAGCGCGCGCAAUAGUGGACGAACGGCUCGCGCAGACGAAAAUGCCUCAGAUGGACGAGGAGCGACAGCUGAGGCGCGAGAACUUUCGUGAAGCGAAGGAGUCGCGCAUGGAUGCGUUUUUUAAUGAUACCGAAACGAACAUCAAGAUCUUCCUCUCUUCUCACUUUCGUGAUAAGGGUUUGAUCUGGUCAGAGCAACGUUGUCGUGAUGCGCCAAUCCUCUUGCGGUUCUUUCUCGAGUUCUUGCUCCGGAAUCGCGUCCUUCCGGAACCUGAACACGAGAAAGGUCUGCGCCGAGCAGUUCUGGUCACCGAGCUAGCGCGAAAGGAGCUCCCCACCACUUUUGUGAUUGGUAAAGCACUCCCAGAUGAGUUCAGCUCUGGCUGCGAAGCAUUGUGGGGCAAUAUGACCAACGAUUCACUUUGGUCUGUUCUUAAUCAGUCUGAAAAUUCCAAGGAGGAGCCUGAAGCCAAGCGACGUAAAGUGGAAGAUGUAGAAAAGAAGGAAGUGGAUGUUAUGAAGGAGGUUCUUGGUGAAGCUAACAUAGAAGUCCUCACUCCUGAAGUCGUCAAAGGCUUCGAGCAAGAAGUGCUUAAGGACCACGCAACAGCGGAGGUGAAUGUUGACGGUGCUCAAAACGCUGACUGGGGCGAUGCUGGGUGGGGCAAAGCCUCUGGGUGGGAUAAUGCUGAUGCACCAGCGAACGAGGGUUGGACUGAGCCUGCCACAGACACAUGGAACGACUCAGGUAGUUCCUGGGACAUCGCACCUACUCCCAAUCCAUUGAUGUCCUUCCUCGGGCCCGCCAUCCUCCCACUCACGCACACGACCGGCGUGAUCGAGCGAUCGACCCGACGUAUCGUCGCGAUCACGCCUGCGCCAGUGAGUGCAAAGGGCCCGCCCGCGAAGAAGAAAAAGGGCAAGAGUGGCACCGAGCUCGUUGAGGACGAAUUGCAGACGCGCUUUGCGAAGCUGACGCUGGCGCCGUGGGCAGGUUGGGAUUUGUACGAACGGUCGGAGAUCAGUCUCCCAAUGAUUCUGCGGGAUUCGCGGGGCGCGGUGGUCACGGAACAAGGCCAGGACACGAUGGACACGAGCACCGAUACAAACCCCAACCCCGCGCUGCAUGACCCGUAUAAGGACGAGAUUGCCAUUCUCAUAACCCCGUCGGCCGCAGAGAAGGUAGUUGUGGGCAUGGGCAUUAGUGCGACGUGGAUCCAGAUCGCGCGGCAGGACCUCAAGGGUGUAGAUUGGACUGAUGAACAGACAGUACCUACGAAGAAAGGCAAGGGUGGUCUGGGUGAAGCUGGCGAGCCUACAAGGUUCUGGUACAUGGAGCAGCUGAUUUCCAUCCUGCCUAGCUAUCAUACUGAAGCUUGA